UGCAGACAAAACUCGCAGCAGAUUUUUCAGAAGAGGUUCAGUAUAGAAUAGGGAACAAUUGCUGACUCCAAAGAAAAAUGAACACCGCCGCCUCAAAGCUCCGCCAGGCCCUCCAGGACCCCAACGCUCUCAUAACCGCCCCUGGUGUCUACGACGGUCUAUCGGCCCGUAUAGCGCUCAAUGUCGGGUUUGACGCUCUCUACAUGGUAUGCACCAUUUUACCACUGUUUACCAUCUCCAUUGCUGAGAUGAUGCUCACAAUCAAAUAGACCGGCGCUGGUACCGCCGCGUCCGUCCAUGGUCAAGCAGACCUAGGAAUAUGCACGCUCAAUGACAUGCGAGCGAACGCUGAAAUGAUCAGCAACCUCUCCCCAUCAACCCCAGUGAUUUCAGAUGCCGACACUGGAUAUGGCGGUCCGAUCAUGGUCGCCCGUACCACAGAGCAGUACGCCCGCGCAGGCGUCGCAGGGUUCCACCUCGAAGACCAGGUGCAAACAAAGCGAUGCGGGCACCUCGGCGGGAAGAUCCUAGUGGACAGUGAUACUUAUGUCACUCGAAUCAGGGCUGCCGUGCAAGCCCGCAAGCGCAUUGGAAGCGAUAUCGUGAUCAUCGCACGCACAGACGCCCUUCAGGUAAACGGCUACGAGGACAGUCUCGCGCGGUUGCGGGCGGCUCGCGACGCUGGUGCAGAUGCCGGUUUCCUCGAGGGAAUCUCCUCCAUUGAAAUGGCGCGUCAAGUGGUAGCCGACCUCGCGCCCUGGCCAUUGCUUCUAAACAUGGUGGAGCAUGGCUCUACCCCGUCCAUUACUGCCACUCAGGCUCGUGAGAUCGGGUUCCGAAUGAUCAUUUUCCCUUUUGCCGCACUAGGUCCAGCUUGUACAGCCAUCCGGGAGGGGAUGGAGAAGCUCAAGCGCGAUGGUAUACCAGGAUUAGAUAAGGAGUUGACGCCGCAGAUGCUGUUUCGGGUGUGCGGGUUGGAUGAGAGUGUCAAGGUGGAUGCUGCCGCGGGCGGAGCAGCUUUCAACAGCGGAGUAGACCUCAAGUAGCUAGCUGUCACGGGUUUAGUGUAUCUGCUAAAAUCAUCAAUAUAGAUGCUGUGAACAAAAUUGUUUGCUUUCUC